CGGGAGCAGCUGGCGAACCUGAACCCCAUCGCGCAGCCGCUCGCGCCGCGCAAGCUCACGCGCAAGCUGUACAAGUGCAUCAAGAAAGCAGCGAAGCACAAGCAGAUCCGGCGCGGGGUGAAGGAAGUGCAGAAAUUCAUCAACAAGGGCGAGAAGGGGAUUGUGGUCUUGGCUGGAGACACGCUGCCCAUUGAGGUGUACUGCCACAUCCCCGUCAUGUGUGAAGACAGGAGCCUGCCAUAUGCUUACAUCCCCUCCAAGACGGAUCUAGGAACAGCUGCAGGCUCCAAGCGUCCGACCUGCGUGAUCAUGAUCAAGCCCAACGAGGAGUACGAGGAGGCUUAUGGGGAGUGUCUGGAGGAGGUGACGGCCCUUCCUGUGCCGUUGUGACAGGGGCCACCCGCUGCCCGGAGACUCAAGCUGCUGCCUGCCUUUAGCUCAGCAACUGUCCCAUAAAACCGCCCACUUUGGGCAUUUUAAAAGGAAGUUGUCAGCCUGCCCUGCAGCGCCAGCUGGGCGAUGGGACUUCUUAAUACCGAUCAAUUCUUCGGAAACCAGCACAUUGCAGUGAUGGGGCCAGGCCCUGCACGCAGGGGUGUGCUGUGCUGGGCACUGCUGCUUCUCAAUAAAUGAAUUUUGUAUGGUUUUAAA